GCUACAAUUAGUAUGCAGCCAGCUAUUUUUGAGUAUUUAUUUAUUUUUCACACAGCCAGCCGGUGGGUCAGAAUAUCGUUGCACUCUGAAAAACGAACUAAUUGAAUUAAAAAUCUUACGAAAAUGUCUGCAACGUCCAAUCAAUGGGAAGUCGUAUCUAAAUCGCGGAAACAAAAAAAUCUAGAAAAGAAAGUAACUGCUCAUACGGAACAAAAAAGGAUUGCCGCCCAGCUGCCCAAGCUGGAAGAGCUGUUGCCGUCACAGCAAUAUCGUAACUUAUUUGUCACCAGCAAUUUAAACAACAACAACAAUAACAAAUCGGAUUCACCAGCUAAAUCCACGUCAAGCAAUGCAUCGGCCUCUUCCAAAAGCAAAUCGCCACGCAAGACAAAUACGAAUGCGGCGAAAUCAAGUGCAUCAGAUGCGGCGAAAAAGGUACCGAAACAAGCGGCAAAGGUGAAAAGCUUAGAACAAGCAAUGAAACUGAUAACGCCUGACGAUUUCGCCGCACAGUUGGAACAGGUGAAAAUCAGCUGUCCGGGCUCCAAGUUGCGAUGGCUGAGCAAUAUUGCCAGCUAUUUAAAUGGUUCACUCUCCUUUGAUUGUGAUCCUACGUUCUCAGGUCGCAGUGCCCAAUAUCCCAGCAAUUUAGCCAGCGCAGCCUUAAAGCAGUCUCUGUUAGACUUUCUUCGCAGCGUGGGUGAAACCAAUUUAGAGUAUUUCUUCUACUCCCUGCUGGAUAGUAUGGCCACAGAACUGAACAGUGGACAAAAUGUCGUUGGCUAUAAAGUUGUGCUGCAGUUGAUCGGACAAAAUUGGCCAUCCAUUUGCUCGCAUAAUAUGGCCAAAACAGCUCUAUUACGUAAUUCGUAUCAGAAUCGAUGCAAUAUCUGUUUGAGCAUCCUCUGGGCCAUCGGUCAAGGUGGUCAUCAAUCCCUGACAGAGGGCGUUAAGGUGUGGCAGAACCUAAUGCUGCCCAAUCUGGAGCUGAAAAGUUUUACUAAAUUUGUCGUGGAACAUAUUGAGCGGGUUCUUAAUGCAGCUGCAGCUCGCAAAGAUGAAACGUUGCAGAUUAAUCAACAGGAGUUUUUUGCCUGCUACAAUGCACUGAAUGGAAAUUUUAACAACUUUAGCAAGGAACAACAGCAGAGUCUUAAACGAAGCGCCAAACAGUUAUUGCAACUAUACAUUGCCAGCCCUGUGAAACAGGCGAACAUUUUCCUCACACUUUUACGAGAGAUUAAUUCAAUCAAACAGCGCACGGAGAUCGAAGGCUGCAUUAAAUGUCUGCUGAGCAGCGGAGCGAAUGAUUGUUUUAAAGUGUGGCGUAUGAACUACAAAAAACAGCAAAUUGCAAGCUUAAUACUAUUGCAGGUUAUAAAUAGCGAUUGGACGGACACCACCAAGGACUUGGCACAGUCAGACGCAUAUCAUUCAUUUCUACAGGAUGUAAAGAAUUUAAACAACGAAUUGCAAGCAAACAAACGCAAAGAUAUUUGUGUUGACGAUUUAGAAGCAAUCUUAAAGAACGUGCAGGAGAAGAGCAGUGCACAACAGAAAAAGAACAAACAGAAUGCUGCGUCGCAGAAAAAGAAAUGCGGCUGCUGUAAAUGGACGCUGGGCAGUAUCUUUAUCAUUGCCCUGAUUGCGGGCGCCCUCUACUAUGACACCGAGGUGAACGGCAAAGGUGUCUUUGAGAAGUCCGCCACUGGCAAAGUGUUGAAAAACGCCGGCGUUUUGCCACAAGUGCAACGCGGCUGGUAUGUAACAAUGGGCGCCGGCGCACGCGGUUACAAAUGGGCCGAACAGCACAUUCCGCCCUAUGCCCAGCCGGCGAUCAAGACGAGCAUCGAUGUAUGGAAACUCGGUCGCAACGCUUGCUGCAAUGCCUACACGAAUGGCCUGAACUACUGGCGUACCAAGUGGCCGGCGGUGGCUAAAUUUAUUGAUCAAUAUGUGCCCAAUUUCUCGCAUAAACUGGAAGCCUUCGCCGCGGGCGCCAAGGACCUGGCCGUCAACAGCUACGACAAAUCUGCCACCUUAAUCAAGGAGAAGGUGCUGGUUGGUCGCUUCUCACCGGAGAACAUUAACCAGGCGCUGAACCAGACUCGAAAUGCGGCGCUCGAGUAUUACAAUCAGUUCCACAAAAAGGUCGAUGCGUAUGCCAAGCUCAAAUGAUUCUAAGCGUCCGGAACGCUUAGCAAAACACAGCAACAACAAUAGCAACAGCGGCAUCAUGCACAACAACAACAACACAUCAUAGUCAAAACAAUAUAAAAAAAUAAGAAAAAGAAAACAAUUUAUAGUAAAACCCACUUUAAUGCAAACCCUUUCGGUAUAUAGUUUAAACAAAAAAAACCAACAACAUAUUGAAGUAACAGCAAAUGUUAAAGCUCUGUUGACCGUAGCAGUCAUGCGCCCCUUUCAGGGCGUUCGUUUUUCUUAUGGCAAAAGCAUUUGCUGUUGCUUGUCUACAAACUAUAAUACAAACAGUUACAAUUAGUAAAUUAAACAUAAUCAGCAUUUAGUUGUAAUGUAAAAAAAGAUAAAACCCAAAAAAAAAAUUGUAUAUUUUGUAAAUGAGCUCGCGUGACGCUUGUAUACUUUCUGAAGUCGAGUUUAACAUUAAAAAAUUCAAAUUGAAUUUUGUUUAAACAAUGAGAGGGAAAGGACAACGCGUCGCGAGUUUCGUUUUACAGAUUUUUUGGUUACGCAAUAUUUUCAAAAUGUUUUCGACACAAGUUUCUCCAAAUUUUGCAUUUCAACGAAUUUUCAUG